AAAUUUAUGUGGGCUACCACUGUUUUUCUUUCUCCCAAAUAGCGGACGUCCCGUUGAACCUCAACCAAGCUGUCCACGUGGGUUUUCUACAGAAUGGCGUGACGCGCUCGGGACGUUUGACAUACGAGUGCAUACCACAACACACGGUUAGCAUUUGCCGUCCCUCAUGCAUGAACGAAAAAAAUUCACGCGAAGGUGUCGUUGGGGAUAGCAUACUUUGGACAUUCCAGAGGACAAAAGAAAAUGGAUGGACCCGUAUUUACGAUGUAGUGAUUACCGGUCGCUUGUUCCAACAACCUGUUUCUUUGGAAGACAAAGCUGCUGACAUCACAUACCUGAAGCCCUACUUCAACCGAGCUCUUGGAGUCGACUACGAAAGAGAACAAUGUGCUGAACCUGUUUGGAAGCUAACGGAUUCAUCCGAAGCCAAUUCUCAGAUGCCUCCUGUAUCGAAAUUCCACCGAAAUGUUACCGUUUAUUUCGAUCAGUCAUAUUCGAUUGCCAAGGUGUCCUUGAUAGCAUCAGAAAUGGACAAUGGGAAUGAAGAAUGUGUCAUUCGGUUUGGUGGACGCAAAUCGGUAACCAAAAUCUUCAGUUUGAAAUCGGACUGCACAAUGGAGAACGAAACCAUCGGUCUUUAUGUCUGUUCCACACCAGACUUGAUGGGCUACCCAUUCACAAAUGCCACGAUCGAUGCGAAGGGACUGGUGCGCGUUCAUAUUUUUGGAAUGUUGUGGUACUAUCCGUCAGUCAAAAUCGUACCGUUUACAAAGGCUAUUGAUCCACAGUCCACAGAAGACUUGAAAAUACAAUGUGUUGCUUCCACGUGUCCUGAGAAGCACUCAAACUCGAAUUGCGACCAAUAUGGUCACAUCGUUCAAUGUGCAUAUUUGGAGUUGGCCCGAACACAUGAGCCUUCAAACGGCCAUGCGAUCCCAGAUACUGUGCUUGUCACAAACGGUCGGGUAAAACCAGAAGUGGCUGAAGUUAUAACGGAACUAAAAAUAGUCCAUUCUUCUAAAACCGAACUGGUCACUACAGUGCCACGAACUCACUCCUACUACGGACAGUACAAAUGCCGAUGUCAGACUGACGACCCGUUCACCUCCGUUGUGGAGUCAGUCGAAACAAAACUUCCAGCAACGGAGUUCGACCAGGACUUGGUGUUCGAGCGCAGUUUCACUGCAAAGCUUGAUGAGCAAGAGAUUCCGAACACUCUUGGAUUCCUUGAAAUGCCAGAAAUUACCGGUUAUUUCACUUUGAUUAUUUCGGGUCACAGUCUAACGGAGAACUUACAGCUGCGAGUGACGUAUCUCGACAGUGGGGAAUUUACCACAAUCACCGAAGAAUACGCGCAAACAAGUUCAGUGCAAGCGUUUCCUCUGGCCAAAGGAACCCUGUAUGCAUGGCCCAUUCGAGCCUACAGAAUAGUUCAGGAGAACGCUUGGCCAGAUGUGACCGAUGAGGGUUUGACUACAAUUGAGUGGGAAACCAAAGAUGAAGCAGUAACUGUCAGGAAGGUCAAAGAUGAACUGCGAACAAUAGUCAUCUCACCACAGCGCCAAAACACCGUAAGAGCGUGGGUAUGGAGAAGAGACUCACAUGUUGUGGAUAUCCGAGCUCAUUACCAAAAUGAACCGCACAAUUCAAGAGAGAAGAAGCUAUACCUUCAGCGCGUUUCCUGCUCUACCGGAGAGAAUCCAGAGCAGGUGUCAUCUGUCACAAUUAGUGGAGACGAAUGUAAGCGGAUUGUACGACAGGGAGAAGUAGAGUGUGAGAGAACCAAGGGCGGAUUUGCUGUUCAGUUCACUGUGACAAAUCCCUCGGCUUCUGACUCAUACCAUCUUUACGAAGUUAUGGAAGACCAAGAAUCGGAUAGAGAAUUGGCCAAAUCGACGAGUGUUGUUCAAGGUCUACAAGCUGAGCUAGAUGCUACUGAUAUUCGAAUAAAACUGGCCGGUAUCAAAGCAGAAUCAGAACCGGGCAGAACGCAGAUGGUUGUGGUAUUCACAAUUCAUUCAAAGUUAAUCACAGAUAACAGUGCGUGCCAUCCAACCUUCGUGAAGCUUCAGCCGUCGUGGCCAGUGUCCGAGAAACUGGAGCAACAAUUGGGGUCGAACCAAACUCAGUUCACUGUGGACGUUCCAAACGACCAGCAAUUGCUUACUUUUGAUCUGGAGGUUCGCAUAGAAGGCGGUGAUGCUUCUGGAAGUGAUAUAACUACGAAACGAACUUUGCAGUUGUUGAAUCCACGCCAUUUAAAACUAGAUUUAAAGCUGGACACCCAAGAAGAGACUGUUACAUGGACGUCACUUCCGGAGUCAAUCACCGAGGUUCUAGACAAAUUUAACGUGAAAAUGUGGAGUACAAAUAAGGUUUGUGGUAUUCGUGAGGAACAAACACCACCGAGAGUUGACCGACCCAUUGAAAACUUGAUGGCGUAUCGCAUAAGUUUAAUCGACGUGCCAAACUUCAAAUCGCGGGUGCUGGUUGAUCAUGAAAUUGAAGUCACACCAAUCUUUAAAACGAUCGAUGGAGAAUCAAUUAAAGGAGUGCCAUCAAACGUUGCUAUAUCUAAAGGAAAAAUUGGUCAGAGUGGCGUGAAAUGGGACAAAUCUGCGGCCAAUCGAACUGCCCGGAUAUACGUCAUACCCAGCCAGCCCGCAUUAUGCCUUCGGGACAAUCCGGCAAUUACCGUAAAGCUUGCUCUCCUGAUGAUGAGUCCAGGAACAGCAACGCCCAAUCAAUUGGUUGAUGGAUUUCAUCUUGAGGCCGAAGAGGGUGGGCUUGGUUCUGAUUUCGGAAAAUGGUACACAAUAAAGGAGCUUCAGCCGGGACGAAGAUACGAGGUCAAAGCAACUGUGCUUUAUCCAACGGGCAUUCAAGACGAGCGGUCUGCAGCUGAAGUGUUCUGGACAUCGGAUGCUAGUUAUCCUUUUACGCUCUUCUUGUAUGAUUUGCUAACCACCACCAAUUUAUCAAAUUUUACUUCCUCGUAUUUAGAGGUGUUUGUGUCAUCUAGUGAAGUUUCUGUAAAGCCAGGAGAUCGUCUCGAAAUUCAGUGCACAGGAGCUGUUGGCCCGAACGAUUCAUUGAAAAAACGCCUCGAGUGGAAGCGCGCGGAUGGCUCGCAGCUGCCGGAUGGAACGCGUAUUGAAACAGUCACUGCGACCGAAAGUGACCCAAAAAAUAUGGAGACAGUCAAACUCGUCUUCGAAGAGGUUGAAGCUGGUCAAGCCAACACGUAUGCCUGCUUCAUCAAACCUUCAGUAGCCUCUCAAGUCGGAGUGCAAUAUGUACCACCUACUGUCAGAGUGGUCGUGAAUGUCCUUGAGCUCGAUAUUCAAUCUCAUGUGGCGAAUGUAGCUGAUCCUAUCACGGUGCAAUGCCGUGCCCAUCAGGGAAGCACGCUGACGUGGACUUCACCGGGCGGCGCAGUGGUGCGUAAAGAUCGUCAGCGAGAGGAACCUUAUGUGACGGAUGUGAAAAAUGAACAGGGCACGAUUUCAUUGUUACAUAUUCCACGCGUGAAACUGGCUCAGACUGGUCAGUACUUGUGUAAACAAGAUGGGACGGACAAUCACCGUGCCUUCAAGCUGAAGAUGCAAGAAGAUGUCCGGAUUGUAGUUGACGAGGAUAGCUCACAGUUGGCUGGCGAAACUUUUUCAAUCACAUGCAAUGCCUUACUUGGUCAUGCGGAUCAGAAGGUCGAAUGGUACAGGCGUGAAGGUGAUGGCCAUCCAUGGACCCCCGUCUCCUAUGCAUCAUUGGAGGACGAAUCAAUAAAAAUCACUAACCAAAACGCUGAACUGUCUAAUGGAGAUAAUGUUCGUAGCUCCCAGUUGCGCAUGAUUAACUCUCCUGCCUCGGCCGGCGAAUUCGCAUGCGCACUGAAAUCAAUGUCCGGCGACAGUAAACAGUUUGCGAGGGAAACUAUGGAGCUUCCCAAGACGAGUGCAAGCGUUCAUUUAGAUUCCAUUCCAGUGAUUAAACUUGAUCGCGCCAGACGAGUAUCCAGACAACAGGUUGUUGUGAAGUGUACAGGUUUUCCAGCACACGAAGAAGACCAUCUUGAGUGGUACUACGUCUCAUCGACUGGCAACCUGGAAAUUCCAAUAGGUAAGAGGGACGAUAAGGAGGAACCUGACAAUCAAGAGCUUGUCCAACUUCUGCAAGCAACUAUGCGAAUUACAGACAGCACUCCAGCAAGCUGGCCUGGUCUGUCCAGUCCGGUUCUGUUGGCCGCAUCACGGAGGAUUGCAGCGCGCAAUGCAGAAAUCCUCGUUUUCACUCCGGAGGUGCUUGAGCUAACAGUUACAAAUGCUACAGAAACCGGAAUAGACCCGCGAUUGAUUGAUGGGUCUAUAAGUUGUCGCUAUCGACGACCGCGUGCUGUUAUGAAGAUAAAGGAGGGAAAGCUUCUUACACAAGAGGUGACGCCCUCAUAUAUUGAAAAAUUAAUCCAAAUCAAUCAACUACUUGGUUCGGAUUAUCCAUCAGAGGAAGGCAUCGUCGCUGCAGUCCUACAGGAAUCUGACGAAAACAAUGCAAUGCGUUUCGGCCAGAAGAACUCAAAGUGGCUACCUAUUAUCCUUGCAUUUGCUCUAAUUUUCUUGCAAAUUUUGUGACAUCUCAAUUCACGUUCUGUCUUUGAAUCGAUCAACGGAAAACUACUUCUUUUACUCCAGCUUCUACACCAAGCUCUAGGGCCAGAUUUUUCUUGUUGUCGGCUUGUCCAUUUCCCCGUCUUAUUCUUCGCGUACCUGAUUAAAUUUGACAACAUUUGCUGCUAAUGUCUUCAUAAGUACUUGUGUUACUAGAUCAAACUCAAAACCCUGACCCAUCCAUGUGUGAAGUUUCCGAAUACACCCCCCACAACCCAUCCGAAGCCCUACAAACCUUCCGGUCCCUUCGCUUAUCAUGCUUAUAUUAUAGGCUAGCACAAUCGCUUUCUUGAUAACAUACCAUUCAGUGAACCAGCUGCUCUACAUUCUUCAUUCAUUUCUACAUGCUAACACCUCGUGAUACUCUUUAUUCUUUUAAACAUCUCGUCGAACUCUCUUGCUGCGCUAUACAAACGAAUAAUAACCGAAUUCGGAUAAUCCACAGAUCCGGAGAUUCGGUGGAGUGAUUCAUGCUUUCGAUGUUUUAAUUUUUUUCCUUUAACCUCUACACCAAAACCCGGUCCCCAAGUAUUGCCUAUGCAAUCCUGUCCGAUGUUUCUCUUCUCCAUGUUUGAUGUGCUUAAAUUAGGAUACAAGUCAUGUAAAUAUGGAUGAAUUGUUCCAAAUAGGUUACGUCAAAUUGAUUGGAAAGAACUCUGUCUCUCUUUUUCCAUAACGGCGGAAAACUUUCCCCGGUCAGCCCAUGUGUGAUUCUUAGCGACUUAUUCCUUACAGUUGUUCCUAUCUUAUUAUCAGAUUUUCAAUUUUCACUUAAUAAAGACAUGGGGGUAACAUCUAACUGGCGAUGCGAAUACAGGUUAAAAGUGACAGUGGGUUAUCCAGGGCUUUUGGACAACUACCUCAAAUAAGGGAUCUCCUUUGAACGUGCAUCCGCCCAAAUGUUGCAGUUCAGUUUCGCGCUUUCCACCCGCAAAAUGAUCCAGAGGGCUUCGAAACCAUGUCCAUGCAAUUGAGUGUUGGUUAAUUUUCUGGUGUCUGGAUCACACGUGAUUGGAUUUGUUUCCGCCGUUUCCAUUGCUUUUGUUGAUUUUUUUGAGGUCCUAGUUACAACGAAUCGCUUAAAUCCGUCUAAUCUUCGCCGCUGCGUAGUAAUUAAAUGAUUCUCAAAAGUCGUAUUUCAAGCUCCUAUUGUUGUGGAACGUGGCUGAGUUUGUUGAUGGCAGCCGACUUUAUCACUAAAGAACCGGGUAAAACAGUUGGUAUCAUUCGAGGC